UUUAAAAACAAAAUGGCACUCGCUGGAGUCUGUGGAUUUCAACAAAAUGUUUCAAAGAGCCCUUCCAUGCUCGGAAACGGAAUUUGCGAAAAUCUUAUAGAUGAAGCCAUUCAUUCGUCACAUAACUUUACUAUGCCUAGUAAUUUUGAUCCUGUAGAAAAUUUGAAGCAGUUUACAGACCCUAAAAGUGAUGUGAAAAUUCAGUUUAAUCAUGGAACUACAACACUAGCUUUCAAAUUCCAACAUGGUGUAAUUGUAGCUGUUGAUUCAAGAGCCACAGCUGGAUCAUGGAUUGCUUCACAGACAGUAAAGAAAGUAAUAGAGAUAAAUCCUUACCUACUGGGUACCAUGGCUGGAGGUGCUGCAGACUGUGCCUACUGGGAACGUGUUCUAGCAAAACAUUGCAGAAUUUAUGAAUUACGAAACAAAGAAAGAAUAUCAGUGGCAGCAGCAUCUAAAUUAUUAGCAAAUAUUGUAUAUGGUUACAAAGGGAUGGGUUUAUCUAUGGGUACCAUGAUUUGUGGAUGGGAUAAAAAGGGUCCAGGUUUAUACUAUGUUGACAGUGAUGGACAGAGGAUGACCAAUUCAAUCUUCUCUGUGGGAUCAGGUUCACUGUAUGCCUAUGGUGUAUUAGACAGUGGUUACAAAUGGGACCUAACAGUAGAUGAGGCUUUAGAUCUUGGAAGGAGAGCUAUUUAUCAUGCCACACACAGAGAUGCUUACAGUGGUGGUGUGGUUAAUUUGUACCAUAUGAAAGAAACGGGAUGGGAGUUCAUAUCUCAGACAGAUGUUUUAGAUCUACAUUACAAAUACCAGGAGGAAAAACAAGCCAGGCGAUGAUCACAGUUGAUUGUAGACAUUAACAUUUUAGCUUUUUGGACUAUCCAUUUAAUGGAUAUUAAAUUGAAUACAUAUGUGCAAAUCUUGAGAACAUUAAAUGACAUAAAUUUUGUGAUACUUACAUGUAUGAGUCAAAAGUGCUAAAAUCAUCUUUGUUAAAUAAAUGUUGAAACUUUCA